AUGAGUUUGGAGCGGAGACAGUAUGAAUAUAAACAAAGGCAGAGAGAAUUGAUAAGAAAUCAACAAAAAGACUUCCAAAGAGAAGUAGAGCAGAACAUUAAAUCUCAAGCAAACAAUAAUGCUGCAUUAAGAGCAUCCGUUAGAAGAAAAGCAAACGAAAGAAAACAAAUGGAUCAAGAAUUCGAAAUAUGCGAGAGAUUAUACAAUCAACGAAAAGAACUUGAAGAAAGAGAGCAGUUUUUAAGAGAACAAGAUAACAUUGCAAAGAAACUUUCGAAGCAGAAACAUAAAGAAAUUGUUGAUCAGAAAGUUAGGAAAGCAUUGCGCGAAGAAGUUCCAGAAUUACGUGAAUUACGCUCAAAAUUACAAACUGCAAUUAUUAAUCAGACACGUGAUAAUCAAAUUCGCCAGAAAGAACGUCAAAAACAGAUAGACUACGAAGAAGAAAUGGCAGGUGGAUUAGAAGCUAUCAAGAAAGAUAAAGAAGAUGAAAGGAAAGAAAUGGAAGCUGAGAGGAUGCGUCGUUACGAAAAUCAAGUACAACGGCAGCAACAACAGGCUCAACUUGAAGAAAGAGCAAGACGCCAGAAGCUUUUAGAAGAAGCACAACGCGAAGAAGAUGAAAGACAAAUGAAGGAAAAUAUGAGAAGAGAAAGAGAAGAAUACUUGCAAAGAAUGCGCGAAAAACAAGAAAAAGAAGAGCGCGAGAAAGCUGAAAUGGCCGAAUUCCUCAGACUUCGAGAAAUUGCAAAAGAGCAAGAAAGACUUCGAGAAGAAGAAGAAAAGAGACAAAUGGAAUCAUACUUGCGAGAUGUUGAUGAACGAUUACAACGAGCUAUUGAGAAACAAAGAGUUCUCAACGAGGAACGAGAAAGAAAUGCUGCACGACUUGGUCAGGACAUCUUGAGAAAGAAGAAGGAACAAGAAGAUUACGAAAAUCUUGUCAUCGAAUUAGCAGUUGAAGAAGAAAAAGAAAAACUCAGAAUUCGCGAAGAACAAGAGCAAGAGAGAAUUCGAAAACAAAUGCAAGAAGCUCAGGAAUACAUGAGACAACACCAACGAAUAAAGAUGGAACGGCAACAAAUGGAAAUAGAAGAAAAGAAACAAAUUGCAAAGUACCUACGAGAACAACAACAAAAGCUUUGCGAGCUCGAAGCAAUCGAACUUGAGAGAGCUCGUCUCAAGAUGCAGAAUUAUUACAAUGAGCUUGAAAAGCAAAUGCUUCUCAAAAAACAGAUGUAUGAAGCAGCAAGAGCAGAAGAAUUGAGGAAAUUGAGAAAGCAGCAAAAGCUUGAAAAGAAGAGGCUGAAGAUGAUUGAAGAGGAGAGAAGAGCUAUUAUUAUUGAACAUCUUGAAAGCUUUGGCGAAGAAGCUAUUAAAUAUCUUCCAAAGGGUGUAAUCAGGGAAGAUGAUUUGGAUUACCUUCCACAAAGAUUUGUUCAAGCAAUCUUGAAUCAGAAAGUGUUAGUAUAA